AAAGGAAAGGGGGCGCUGCUGGGUAUUUUUUUGAAGGUUUAAGGUUUAAAUUACGUUUUUCAUCUGGAAAAUUUGCGAUCGGCCGCGCUGCAGCCGGCGCCCAGGGAUCCCGGUGGCAACACUUUGGAACGUGAAGGUCCCGGUGCAACGUUCCAAUGGAACGUUCCCUGGACAUUGUUGCAAAGCGCGGCCCGCGCGCCAGCUCCUUCAUCGGCCGCGAGGCGCUCUCGCACUUCCUGGGUGGUCGAAAGGCUCUCUUGCUCUGCAAAUCCUGCUUGCUCCUGACCCGUGGAUGAGGAAGUAGGCAUCGGAUAAGCAACCCUCUAAAUAAUUGCAACCGGUUUAUGCAACCGGCGGAAGACAUUUAUAGAGAAGAGAAGCACACCGGAGAUUAAAAAAAGGGGGCUCGGGGAAAUGUUGAUUAUCGGCAGGUUGGCUUGGGAGAUCCGAGUGUCGUUGGGCGCUGCCGUUGUGUUUCUGUCCAUGGUCAUCUCCAGGAGUUUAAGAGACUACAUUGAUCAACCCACACUGCUGAAGUUGUUCCGCGUGCAGUUUCUGCUCUUUGUCAACAUCCUCAUGUCAAUCGGUUCGCGGUACAUCUGGAAGAAGAUUGUCACCAACCUGCACACUUUAUGUACAGCCUCCUGCAAUCAUGUCAAGUGUUUUACCCUCUGGAAAAUCACAAUUGUGGUUUUUCUAUUCCUGACACAUUCCAGUUUCAUUUCUUUGCUGACUUUGGUUUCAGAGGAGCCUCACAUCUUUUCCAUGGUCUCCUACUCCUGCCUAGGAAUCUACAUUUUCCUUAUUUUCAGUCUGUUUGUAUUAGGGCUAUUGGAAAAGGCCCAGAGAUUGAUCAGUUUUAGACGGGCUCCCUCGUCCAUCCAAAACCGGAAUGUUAUUUCCGUGGCCCUGGCCCUCCUGUUUACGCUUGCUUGCACUGUCAUGGGCCUCAUCAAUGCACGCCAGCCUCCAGUGAUCAAACAGGUGGAGUUAUCUCUCCCCAAGCUACCUCGGUCAUUCCACAAUUUGAAGAUGGUAUUGUUGGCUGACAUUCAUUUAGGGCCCACAGUGGGAAGGACCCAACUUGAAACGGUUGUGAAAAUGGUUAAUGAACUAAAUGCAGAUGUCAUCGUGAUAGUCGGUGACCUGACUGAUUCCCAGGUGGUCAAUCUCAGAACAGCCUCUGAGCCUCUGAGAAACCUGACGCCAAAAUUAGGAACGUACUUUGUUACAGGUAACCAUGACUACUACAGUGCUGAUGUCAGCAACUGGUUUACGCACCUACAGUCGUUGAAUGUUCAGCCUCUCCACAAUGCACACGUCAAGAUUUACAGCCCCAGUGGCAACAAUGACUGGUUCUGCCUGGCUGGGGUCGAUGAUGUUGAAGCAGAAAUGUUACGGUAUCCUGGACAUGGUAUGGACUUGAAGAAAGCAUUGGAUGGCUGUAGUACUGAAGAUGCUAUCGUGCUGUUAGCGCACCAGCCAGUAGCCGCCAAACGUGCUCUUCGAAGCAGGCCAGAUAUCAGCCUGAUUCUCUCUGGUCAUACCCACGGUGGACAGAUCUUUCCUCUAGCAAUUGCUGCCUAUUUCUUGAAUCCAUACUUUGAAGGUCUUUAUACAACCGCUCAGAACAAUUUUGUGUAUGUAACUCCUGGGACAAUUUACUACGGCAUUCCAAUGAGACUAGGAAGCAGAGCAGAAAUAACAGAACUCAUUUUUAAGACUGAGUGACAUUACUCUCUAGCAUCUCCAUUUGUGAGCAAUGAAUGUUAUGUUUGUGGCACAUGUAAAGAAUAUGUUGAAUUUGAGUCUGAAGAAGAAAUAUCACCUGCCUAUUCUCUCCUCAGAUAGAAACAUAGAAAAUGGGUGCAGGAAGAGGCCAUUCGGCCCUUCGAGCCUGCACUACCAUUCAUUGUGAUCAUGGCUGAUAAUCCACAAUCUAACCCGUAACUGCCUUCUUUCCAUACUCCUUGAUUCCAUUAGCCCCAAGAGCUCUAUCUAACUCUCUUUUAAAUUCAUCCAGUUAAUUGACCACCACUGCCUACUGUGGCAGAGAAUUCCACAAACUCACAACUCUCAGGGUGAAAAGGUUUUAUUCACAUCUCAGUUUUAAAUGGCCUCCCCUUUAUUCUUAGACCGUGGCCCCUGGUUAUGGACUCCGCCAAUAUUAGGAAAUUUUUUCCUGCAUGUAGCAAUUCCAGUCCUUUUAUAAUUGUAUAUGUUUCUAUGAGAUUCCCUCUCAUCCUUCUAAAUUCCAGCAAAUACAAACCCAGUUUUUCCAAUCUUUCCUCAUAUGACAGCCCCGCCAUCCCGGGGAUUGACCUCAUGAACCUAAGCUGCACUCUCUCAAUAGCAAAGAUGUCCUUCCUCAAAUCAGGAGACCAACACAGCACACAAUACUCCAGAUGUGGUCUCACCGGGGCCCUGUUAGUCCUAUACUCAAAUCCUCUUGUAAUGAAGGCCAUUAGCUUGAAGUGGCUGUCAAGUCAUUAGAUUUCUUCACUGCCUUGCUCUGUGUUUUGCUCAAGAUUCCAGCAUCUGCAGACUCUUGUGUUACCCAGGUAAUUAAUUUAAUUGACUGAUUACUGAGGAGCCAUCAAUGUACUGUUUUGAAGAGAUCAAAGUAUAUAUUUCGAAUGACUUGAUCCCUUGUAAGACUGCAGGUGCAGAGUAAAGGUUUGUGGCAGUCCUUAUGGAGUUUACAAUUGUUUGUUUGCCCACUCUCAGUGGUCCUUGGGUAUAAAUUAUGAUCUGCCCUACUGGGGGUGUCUCCUGUCCUUCUGUGCUGAUUAUUUGGGGAUCAUAGCCUCUACAGCCACUUCAUACAUCCAUAACAGCAUGAUGACUCCUGCAAGUCAUUAAGUGAAAGAUUCUGUAUACAAAUCGCCUUCUCGCAAUCCAAUGUCCAGAGAAACCCUGCUGAAGAAUAAGUGGGAAAUAUUCAUUAAGGUCACCCCUGUCUUGCCUAAUUGUUCCGUGAACCAAUAUGCGUCAGAAUUAAUGAAAGUUGGAAUCCCCAUCACCUGCCCGAAAGAACUCAAUGAGUUUGAAGAAGGAUCUCGAUCCGAAACGUCACCUAUCCAUGUUCUCCAGAGAUGCUGGCUUGCCUGCUAAAUUAGUCCAGCACUUUGUGUCCGGCACUGGAAGUAUUAGCUCUCUCAGCGGCGUCUGGCUUCAUCAGGGGCACUUUCUGCAGCCUUCUGGGUAAGCAUUGCCGGCUUGAGUUCUGUCUCGCCAAAGAUCUUUGGUCUCGCCGUUAGGGCACUUUCUGCGGCGCUUGGCCUUCUGGGUAAGCAGCACCACCAUUGCCAGCUUGUUUCCAAUCUAAACUUGAGUGAUCGUACAGGGUGUUUAAAUGACUAACUGCCAGACUUACUAUUUAUAUAAAUGCAAGUUUACGCAAGUCGCCUAUUGCGUAAGUCACGGAGUGUCUGUACCUAGUUAUCUUAAAGAGUUUUUAUUCUCACUUUGCUGACUGCCAUUGAAUUCUAAAUCAAAAAUAUUUUGGUUUGUGAAUUUUGUGUACGUUUGAUAUUUGUCAAAAGUACUACAAUUAUUACUGGUUUAUUAAUGCCUUAAAUUGUUGCUGAUUCUAUAACCUCAUCUAUGUGAUGCAAUGUUAAUUACUGCAUUGUUUAAGAAUGGCUGGUCUAUAAAUACUAGAGAGACUAUUCCUCUUCUCUUGAUUUGACUUCCAUUGAUCUGUGUCGAUUUUAUAUACUUUGAGUAUAUUGCAAUCUCUUGGUCAUUCCUUGUGAUAUCAUCUUAACGUAACACAUAUUGCGCUUCCUUGCUGUAAAAGGCAGUAAUAUUUUAUUAUUCUUUCAGUUUUGAGGAGCAUUGUCAUCAUUGUUAAGAUGGUUAUAGGACCUGUCCCACUUGUGUGUCUUUUUCGGCGACUGCCGGCACCUGUCAUAGGUCGUUGCAAGUCGCCGAAAAUUUUCAACAUGUUGAAAAUCCAGCGGCGACCAGAACAAGGUACGACUCUAUGGGCGACUACUCACGACCAUGUUGCCUGUAUGGUCGUGAGUCGUCUCCUCAGUCACCCAAAGAGUCGUAGCAAUCUUUCUAUUGAAAAUUUUCGCCGACCUGCAACGACCUAUAUUGGGUGCCGGGAGUCGCUGAAAAAGUCACGUUAGUGGGACAGGCCCAUAUCACUGUUGCUGUGUGAAGGAGAAUGCAGUUGCUUGGUUCCGCAACUAUCAGCAGUAAGUGUGUGAAAACAUGAAUUCAGUUAUCUGAAUAUAGAAAUUUAAAAC